AUGGAGGAACCAUCGGCCUCGGCGCGGCAGCUCAGGCAGGGCACCAUGGAGAGGAAGAUGAGCGCCAUGGCGUGCACCAUCUUCAACGAGCUCCGCCUGGAGGGCAAGCUCUGCGACGUGGUGAUCCGGGUCAACCGCAUCGACUUCAACGCCCACAAGAACAUCCUCUGCAGCUGCAGCUCCUACUUCCGCGCCCUGUUUACCAGCGGCUGGAACAGCAUAGAGAAGAAGGUGUACAACAUACCGGGCGUGUCGCCCGACAUGAUGAAGCUGAUCAUCGAGUACGCCUACACCCGGACGGUCCCGGUCACCGUGGAGAACGUGGAGAGGUUGCUGGCCGCCGCCGACCAGUUCAACGUGCUGGGCAUCGUCCGCGCCUGCUGUGAGUUCCUGGAGUGCCAGCUGUGCCUGGAAAACUGCAUCGGCAUCUGCAAGUUCGCCGACUAUUACUUCUGCCCCGACCUGCGGCACAAAGCCUACGUAUACAUCCUGCACCACUUCGAGGAGAUAGUGAAGGUGAGCGAGGAGUUCCUGGAGCUCUCCGCCUUCGAGCUCAGAGACAUCAUCGAGAAGGACGAGUUGAACGUCAAGCAGGAAGAUGUGGUCUUCGACGCCAUCUUGAAGUGGAUUGCCCAGGACCCGGACAGCAGGAAGAGGUCCAUUGUCAUACUGCUACCCAAGGUACUGAUUUGUUCAAAGUUUUCUAACUGGCUUUCUGUGUAUAAAAAACACUCCUAUUAG